GUAUAUAACUGAAUAACAAAAGAAGUGUGUUUUUUAUGUAUCGAUAAUAAAACACGUAUUAAUUAAUAUAGUUUCAUGUAUACAUGCAGUUACACUGAGUAGGAAAAACACAACUUAAAUUUCGUCAAACAUUUUAUAAAGUAUAUCAUUUGAAUCUAAACCUGUGUACUUGAUGAUCAUUCACACUUAUAGUGCACACGGAGCUUAAAUAAGUAUUUAUUUUGUUUUUAAGCAUUGUGAAUCAGAAAUAUUGAACAUUCUCAGUGACACUGAUAAAAAUUAUUUCACAAUGUCAGUUUUGUUUAUAAUACGCCACUAUUAAAAUUACAACUUUGACACCUAAUUCUUCCCCUGGAGAGACAUUUGACCAUGAAGUCGUUUUGGCUACUGCAAUGGCAGUGCAUCUUGUACACAAUAGAAACCCUCCAUUCAUAUUACUAUCAACUGUACAUAACAGAUAGCUUUAUAUCCAUACAAGUCCCAGUACUCUGUUACACAAACUAAGCAAAUGUGUUGUUAUAUGGCUGCAGAACUGCAGAUACAUCAGGAAAAUGUUGAAAAUAAUUGUGUUAAAGCUCAUGGAGAUAUACUCUUUUAAAACUUGCCCUAAUUUACUCGUUUUAUCUUGAAAUGAACCUGCAUUAAGUAAGUAAUAAUUCCAUAACUGUGUCUUGGUGUAAGUACUGUGGUCUUGGCUUAUCUUGAUGUUCACAAUUUGGACUCAGAGGGACGCUGUUGGUUAACAAAACCUUUUCUGUGUUGUGUCGUCAUUCAGUCCGUCCCCCGACUGACUACAUUUUGCAGAAGGCUUUCUGUGUUUUGUCGAGUUUCAACGGACGCACGAGGGAGCGUGGCGUUAAAGACCUGCUUUUAAUGAUUGAACGCGUGUUUAUAUUUCACCAGGACUCGGAUUCAUAAAAACAGCUUCUUCGUCGUUUCCAUUGAAACCCUUUUUUCUGUUAUUUUUUUUACCAUGAUGGCAACUCGAGGAUCUCUCGCCAAAAAAUGCGCAAGAUGUCGGGAUCUUCCAGGACUGCGACGGUGUAUACAAAUGCUGAUAUUCCUGCUGCAUGUUGCUAACAUGGUUGAUGGUCAGAUUCGUUAUUCAGUGCCAGAGGAGAUGAAGAAAGGCUCCCUAAUCGGUAAUGUAGCUCAGGAUCUUGGUUUGGAUCUGAAAAGGCUCCGUUCAGGGCGGGCCCGUAUCGUGAGUGGAGAAAACAUCCAGUACACCGAGCUGAAGACAGACAAAGGGACUCUGGUCGUGGAUGAGAGAAUAGACCGAGAGCAGCUCUGUGGAGACACUACGCCAUGUAGCUUCAGCUUCGAGGUGAUUUUAGAGAACCCCAUGGAAUUACACAGAAUUACUGUCGAGGUUUUGGAUAUAAAUGAUCACGCUCCCGUAUUCCCCAACACCGAUAAGUCUAUCAGUUUUGAAAUGAGUGAAUCAGCUGCAGUCGGAGUGAAAUUUCCAUUGCAGAGUGCAGAGGAUCUAGAUGUGGGACAAAACGCUUUGCAGGAUUACGUUUUAUCACCAAACGACAAUUUUAUAUUGAAGCAACAUGCAAAUCCAGACGGAAGUAAAUAUGUUGAAAUGGUGCUUCAGAAGCCUUUAGACCGAGAGCGACAUCCACAUUUGUCCUUAAAAUUGAUCGCAGUUGACGGAGGAACACCACAGAGAUCCGGUACAGUAAAUAUAGAUGUCACUGUCUUAGAUGCAAAUGACAAUAUUCCGAUUUUUAAUCAAUCUGUCUAUAAAGCAUCUGUGAUGGAAAACACAAUGAAAGGCUCAAGAAUACUUACAGUUAAUGCCACAGACGCUGACAGUGGUUCAAAUGGACUCAUUAGUUACAGUUUAUCUAAGACCAAGGGAAGUGCUGCAGAUAUAUUUAGUAUUGAUGAGAAGACCGGCACGAUAUCCGUCAAUGGUCUAAUAGACUAUGAAAAGGAAAAAAAGUACGAGGUGAGGGUGGAGGCAAAGGAUCAGGGUGGCCUAAUUGGAACGAGUAAAGUUAUAUUCGAUGUGUUCGACGUCAACGACAAUGCCCCGGUGAUAAACAUUAUGUCGUUUUCCAGCCCUUUAUCUGAGGAUGCUCCUCCAGGAACAACGAUUGCUAUUUUAAACAUUAAAGAUGCAGACUCCGAUAAAAAUGGGCAAAUUAAAUGUUCUAUUGAUGGAAAACUUCCAUUUAAGAUCGAAUCAUCUAUUACAAACUAUUACAAUUUGAUUUCUGAUCAAUAUUUUGAUAGAGAAUCCGUUUCAGAAUAUAACAUCACAAUAACCGCCUCUGAUUUCGGUUCCCCCCCUCUUUCCAGCUCAACAAAAUUACACCUUAAAAUUUCUGACGUAAACGACAAUGCACCGGUAUUUGAUAAAGCCAUCUACUCUGCUUACGUCACAGAAAAUAAUUCCCCUGGCAUUUCUGUAUUUGCUGUCAGUGCGCGAGACAAAGAUUGGAAUCAAAAUGCGAGAAUCUCGUAUCUUCUGGAGGACACACAAGUCAGUGGUAGUCCAAUCUCUUCUUUUGUGUCUUUAAACUCUGAAACUGGAGUCCUUAGUUCGGUUCGUUCUUUUGAUUAUGAGCAGAUCAAACAGCUUCAGCUGGUAGUCAAAGCGCAGGAUGGAGGCUCCCCUCCACUCAGUAGCAACGUGACAGUGAAAAUAGUGAUCCAGGACCAGAACGAUAACCCCCCUCAGGUCCUGUACCCAGUCCAGACUGGUGGAUCAGUGGUGGCUGAGAUGGUGCCUCGUGCAGCAGAUGUGGGCUACCUGGUGACUAAAGUGGUGGCUGUUGAUGUGGACUCUGGACAGAAUGCCUGGCUCUCGUAUAAACUACAAAAAGCAACAGACAGGGCGCUGUUUGAAGUGGGCUUACAGAAUGGAGAAAUCAGAACUAUCCGUCAAGUGAAUGAUAAAGAUGCUGUGAAACAAAGACUGACUGUUAUAGUGGAGGACAACGGGCAGCCGUCUCGUUCAGCUGCAGUCAUUGUUAACGUGGCGGUGGCGGACAGCUUCCCUGAAGUGCUGUCUGAGUUCACUGACUUUACACACGACAAGGAGUACAAUGACAACCUGACUUUUUACUUAGUGCUGGCUUUGGCUGUAGUGUCCUUCCUCUUCAUCACGUGUGUGGUGGUUAUUAUAUCAGUGAAAAUCUACAGAUGGAGACAGUCUCGCACCCUGUUUCACUCCAACCUCCCUGUGAUUCCAUAUUAUCCACCACGUUACUCAGACACUUUGGGCACAGGGACUCUCCAGCACGUGUACAAUUACGAGGUGUGCAGGACGACUGACUCCAGAAAGAGUGACUGUAAGUUCGGCAGAGCUGGUAGUCAGAACGUGCUGAUAAUGGACCCCAAGUCUACAGGGACCAUGCAGCGGAUACAGAGUGAGAAGAGCAUCCUGGAUGAACCAGAUUCUCCUCUAGAGGUCGGUAAACCACAUGAACUUCAUGUCUGUACCUCCAAUAUUCGUUAUGUAUCGCAGUUCAUUUGUAAAUUACGCUUUUGCGUAAAUUUCAGCACCAUGGAGAGCACAUGACUGUGAAUUAGUUGUUGAGGGCUAGAUCAACGUGAUUUUGAAAAUGCUAUUUAUAGCGUGGGUGAACCUAAGUCUUGUAUAUAACAUGUCAUUUGAGCACCUUUGACAGCUUCUCAGUUUCCAACAUAUCUUUUUCCCUGUUACAGUUUUAAGAUGAACAUUACAUACAUACAUACAUACACACAUACAUACGUACAUACAUACACACAUACAUACAUACAUACAUA